AUGUUAUCGCCGGCUAAAUGUGAGUUUGAAGACUCAGCCACAGCUCAACUGAAUCUCCAUUCUUCUUCUCCAUCCGUACCGGAACGCCUCUCGCUACCCAAUCCCGAAGUUUCCGACGAAGAAGCUGCUCAGUCCUCCUUUAGUGGAGAAGCAACGAAGCUCUCCGACGGAGAGAUGAGUGAGAGGAGAUCCACGAAGCUCAAUUCUAAUUCGGAGCUUCGGAAGUCGCCGAGAUCCACCAACAGUUGUCAGGUUCGGAGGUCGCCGAGAUUUCCGCCGGCUGAUGGAAAAAUCGACAAUGUAUGCUCAGUUCCGGUCACCGGAAAGUCUGGAUCGAGGAAGAUAGAGAUUACUAGUGCUCUCCUUAAGAAGGAAAGCUUAGAUUCUGAGGGAUUGUCAUUCAAAGACAUAGCUGCGAUUGCCAAGAACUUGGAGAUGGAUAUUGAAUCCGACUGUCAAGUUACGAACAACGAUGCUGAAGGUAGAUCACAAGCUCAGGCUAAGAGGAAAGCUGACAGUGAUAGAUUAUCUUCAAGCAUCAAGAAUUGUAACCGGAGUCUCCGCAGCAGUAAGCGAACUAGGAGAUCUCCAAGAUUCACUGAGGAGGACGAAAAUAUAGGCAAGUCUAAAGAAGGAGAGAAGCCUGUGGCAUCUCGGAAUCCAUCAAAAAGAUCUCCAAAGCUAUCUGGAAUUGUUGAAAAUGGCAACGGAGAAACUUUCAACACUAGUGAUUGCAGUGCUGCGGAUAACAGAGUAACUGAGGAGAUGAAUGGAAAUUCUACUGUGAUCCAUAUAUCUGACAGUGAUGAAGAGACGCCGGCCAAGAACGUGCAAGAUUCGGAUGGAUAUCUGUAUACGAGAAGUUCAAAUGGAGCUAUUUUGAUAGAAGAUGCAAGUGAAUGUGAUGGGAGAGUCGCACCAUUGGAUCUAAGUAGUUCAGCUAAAUCAACCAAGGGAAAGGGUGGUGCGCGAGUGACACGUACUGCUGCUGUCCGGGAAAAGCAUGAACCUUGCAACUUCUUUUUCGUAGGAGAGCCAAUUCCUUGCGAGGAGGCUCAAGAAAGAUGGCGCUGGAGAUAUGAUCUCAAGGAACGCAAAUCUAAGAGUAAAGGCCAACAGCCAGAAGAUGACGAAGACAAGAUUGUUGCAAAUGUGGAAUGCCAUUAUUCGCAAGCAAAAGUCGACAAUCAGACCUUUAGCCUUGGAGACUUUGCCUGCAUAAAGGGUGAUGAAAAAGAGACCCAUAUUGGCAAGGUAGUAGAGUUUUUUAAGACAACAGAUGGAGAAAGCUACUUCCGAGUUCAGUGGUUCUACAGAGCAACGGAUACAGUAAUGAAACAGGAAGCUACUCAUCAUGACAAAAGGCGUCUCUUCUAUUCUACUGUAAUGAAUGACAAUCCGAUAGACUGUCUUAUUUCUAAAGUUACUGUGUUACAAGUAUCACCUAGGGCAGGAUUAGAGCCUAAAUCUAUAAAAUCUGACUUCUAUUUUGAUAUGGAGUAUUGCGUGGAGUAUUCAACAUUUCGAACCUUGAGAAAUCUUAAAUCUUCCGAAAACAAGCUUCAGUGUUGCGCCGAUGUGGUACCUAAGGAAUCCACUGAAUCCCUUUUGAAAAAUAAUUGUUUUAGCAAAGAGCUUCCUGUGCUUGAUCUUUACAGUGGUUGUGGUGGAAUGUCGACUGGGUUGAGUCUUGGAGCCAAGAUUUCUGGUUUUGAUGUCGUGACGAAAUGGGCUGUUGACCAGAAUCUGGCGGCCUGUGAGAGCUUGAAAUUGAACCAUCCACAGACACAGGUUAGGAAUGAUGCUGCUGGAGAUUUCCUCUUACUGUUGAAGGAGUGGGAUAAAUUAUGCAAGCGCUAUGUGUUUGAUAAUGAUCAGACAACUGAUAAAUUGAGUUCCGAAAGUUCAAAAAGAGAAGAAACCACUGAAAGUAGCUCUUCUGAUGACGAUUCCGAACCUGAGGAAUACGAAGUUGAAAAGUUGGUUGAUAUAUGUUAUGGUGAUGCUGACAAUACAGGAGAAAAUGGCCUUAAGUUUAAGGUGCAUUGGAAAGGAUACAGCAGCAAAGAAGAUACCUGGGAGCCUGCAGAGGAAUUGAGCAAUUGUGAAGACGCCAUGAGAGAGUUUGUAACAAGAGGAUUCAAGUCUAAGAUCUUGCCACUUCCAGGCGGUGUUGGUGUGAUAUGUGGUGGACCUCCAUGCCAAGGAAUUAGUGGCUAUAACCGCCACAGGAAUGUUGAUUCUCCCUUGACUGAUGAGAAGAAUCAGCAAAUUAUAGUAUUCAUGGACAUAGUGGAGUAUCUGAAACCCGCAUUUGUGCUGAUGGAAAAUGUUGUUGAUAUUCUGCGUCUGGACAAAGGCUCUCUUGGGAGAUACGCUUUGAGCCGUCUUGUGCACAUGAGAUACCAAGCAAGGCUAGGUAUCAUGACAGCUGGUUGCUACGGUCUUUCCCAGUUUCGUUCCCGAGUUUUCAUGUGGGGAGCUGAUCCAAACAAGAACCUUCCUCCUUUUCCGCUUCCAACCCAUGAUGUUAUUGUCAGAUAUGGGUUUCCACAAGAGUUCGAGCGGAAUGUGGUUGCUUAUGAUGAAGGCCAAUCCAGAAAAGUCGAACAAGCUCUUGUUCUACAAGAUGCGAUAUCAGAUCUCCCUCCUGUGUCAAAUGACGAAGAACGGGAGAAAAUGCCUUAUCAAAAUCUCCCAGAAACAGAUUUCCAGAGAUAUGUUAGAUCAACAAAACAAGAUUUGACAGGCUCUGAAAUUGGUAAAUGUACAAAAGGGACGAUGCUACUGCAUGAUCACAGGCCUUUGCAUAUGUUUGAAACUGAUUAUAUCCGAGUUUGUCAAAUCCCAAAGAAGAAGGGAGCUAAUUUCAGGGAUCUUCCAGGGUUAAUUGUCAGAGACGACAAUACAGUCUGCCGUGAUCCAUCAAUGGAACUGGUUCUUCUGCCAUCAGGAAGGCCUUUGGUACCAGAAUACGUCUUUACCUUUCAGCAAGGGAAGUCUAAAAGGCCAUUUGGUCGUCUUUGGUGGGAUGAAACAGUUCCAACCGUUCUAACAGUCCCGACCUGCCAUAGUCAGACGUUUUUACACCCGGAGCAAGAUCGAGUGCUAACCAUAAGAGAAUCUGCACGGCUUCAAGGAUUUCCUGAUUACUUCCAGUUCUGUGGAACCGUUAAAGAAAGGUAUUGUCAGAUUGGAAAUGCAGUGGCAGUCUCAGUUUCUCGUGCCUUGGGUUAUUCUCUUGCUGUGGCUUUUCGUGGUAUAGCCUGCGACGACCAUCUGAUAAAACUUCCUGAGAACUUUUCUCACUCAACUUACCUUCAGCUUAAAGAAGCCACUCCACAUUAA